UCAUCGCGUCCGGGUCCUCUCGGAGUCAUGGUGGGGCCCGCGCCUCUCGCCCAGUCUUUUCCUGGGGCUUGGACGCGACGGGCUAGGACUCCUCCACGCCGGUCUGGGCCACUUUCGGCGGGGAAAAGGACACCGCCGUCAUAACCCGCGAAGUGUUCGGAGGGUAAACAAAUACCUAUUGAGGAAUUCCGAAUGUUUGCGAAGGUGUGACGUCACGCUAGACAGCCAAGUGCGGGCGAGUGACGUCAUCCAGGGAGGAAAAUCCACAGGUGAGUGGCGGUUCAGCCAAACCUGCCCAAGGAAGAAAGGUUCAGUGAUGCGUUGGCAGUUCUCGGUGCAGGAGAGUACCCAUUGUCUCUGAAGUGAUGUCAUGCGAGCCUGACAUAAUAUGCGGUUAACCUGUGCACUGUAUGGCAAGUUACGUGGUGUUGAGUGCAUGCCUUAAGAGGAUAAUGCAACUGAGCGCAACUGGAGUGUGAGAGGUCUGCUGCGACGGACCUUUUGAAAUAACAUGGAAAGAAAAGAAAUUUAAAACAAGAGAUCGUUGGUUCCUUCUCCAAUGCAGUGGAUUUUCCCCAAACACUUCAUGAAUUCUCAAGUCAAAUCAUGAUGGAACAAAAUCGGCUGAACCUCCGUUGGAACAAUCAUACGAUGACCUUCGUGAGCAAAUUAGAUCAGUUCAGAGUGCAGGAACUUUACUGUGAUGCAACCAUAGCGUGUGACGGCCAGAUAUACCCCGUGCAUAGAGUGGUCUUGUCCGCCUGCAGUGAAUUCUUCGCCUCGAUAUUCGCGAGUACAAGAUGCCACAACCCUGUCGUGGUGCUGCAGGACGUGGGGCAAAAACAGCUGGAAAGCCUACUGGUCUAUAUGUAUCGAGGGGAGGUGCGCGUCCUGGAGGAGGAUCUGCCGACUUUCAUCAAGGUUGCAGAGUCCUUGCACGUGAAGGGCCUGGCCGUGCCCACCUCGGAAAGCCACCAGGAGCACCAAGCAGAGAGGGUGUGCUACAACAGCUAUUACGGCCCUGCGGAGGAGAUCCAGCACGGGGACAGUGGGUCACGCCCACCUCUCCCCAAGGUCCAGCCGAGGCCCUACAUCCCCGAGGUCUUAAGCUCAAGUUCUCAGAGGAUGAUUCAGAACUUCUCGCACGAUGAAAGGUCUCUGUUUCAGCAGGGAAGAGCCGGGGAGAUCAGUUCGAAGAGGAAGUCGCACGAGAUGGAUUACGCAAGGCAGAGUGACAACGAUUUCCAAAGACGUCCGCAGAUAAUUGAGCGUGUCCACCACUUACAUCAGAGCGAAGCGCCUGUCAAAAUCCCGCGCAAGAUGGAGCACAUGCAACACUUACAGAAAGAUGAGAUCCCGACGAGCCACCCGAGAGACGCUGGACACCAGAUGCAAUCCCUUGGCGCAAGUGACCACAACAGAGUCAGGAUCUCAGAGCACAGUCCCCGGAAAUCCCCUUCAGGCGAAAACAUCUUCAGAUCGAGCUCUGAUGCCAAAUUUAGACCAAAUACUUCGAGUGAGUUGGAGAGAAGAAAUGAUCUAACAAAGGAGAAUGCUUGUAGAUCUGAUGGAGCUCAGGACACAGGAACCACUUUAAGUAAUGGAUAUAUUCCCGGAAACAUCGCCUCGAGUGACCACUUACCGAGACCACAUGUGCCUGCUGAACAUAUGAAUAAAAAAGUUUGUGAUUCUUCCAAGGACGAGUCCACGGAAUACUCUUCUUUGCAGUACAACAGUUUCCAUGUUUCAAGUACAAAUGGAACUUUUCAAAACUUGGUUGCAUCUGAAGAAAAUCCGAUUAAGAAUGAACCCGAAGAUUCGCUGGCAGACGAUUACGAAAAUGCUUCACUGAGUUUAUCUGAAGACUUUGAAGAUGCUAAAGACGACGAAAGCGAUUCCUUCACUCUCAAAAUAGCCGAGGAGCCAAAUCCCUGCGAAGAGAGUCCCAAUCCCGAAAAAUACAAAGAAGUUAAUAAAGAAAUCGAGCAGAGCGUGGCUGACUCGAUGCCAAGUGAACCUUCACCGGCCACCGAACCCCACAUCCCAAGACACCCGGGCAUGCCUCCUUCACAGCUGAGGAGGGAGCUUCUCCGACCGAUCCACCACAAGACAGGACCGAAGCAUGUUCCUCAGUGCCAGUCAGUGCCACAGUCCAUUCCGCACCCGGUCAUAGCACCCAGGGACCCAGAGAGGCAUCUGAGAGAACCGCCUCCCUUGAUGAAGAUCGACCCCAAGAUUCCUCUGCUGAUCAAUGAAGUUGAGACCGAGCGACCGCCGAAAUACAGCCGGAAGGACUCCCAAGAGAACGGUCACAGCAGCCAUUUGCUCGUGAAAGCCCCGCCCACUUACCACUCCCACACUUCACCGAUCCACUUCAGUUUACAUGUACAUAAUCAACACUUAGGUUCCGUGAUGGUGAAUGGCGGAGCUCCAAUUUCAGAGAUUCCCUCCAAUUCACAAAAUGAUAGACUUCCCGUGUCUGUGAACGACGGCCCACUUAACCUCAGCGGCCAGAAAAGCCCGCCAGAAAUGGAAGAGAAGGAUAACCAGUCGGACCCGUUCUUAGGGAAGAUAAUAACCAACAGGAAGAAGCGGCUGCGGGGGCCCAAGUCGUGGGAGUUCCUCGUCCGCCUCCUCAAAGACCCGACGACGAAUCCGUUCCUAAUCCGUUGGGAAAAUGAGGAAUCGGGGGUCUUCCGUCUCGUCCAGCCCGCGGCCAUAGCGCAGCGGUGGGGGCGCAGGACAGGCAAGCAUGCGAGUGAGUGCCUUAGUUACGAGAACUUUGCCAGAGGACUUCGGUACCAUUAUGCAACGGGUGCUCUCCAGCCAGUGUCCGAACGAAGCUUCGUGUACAGGUUCGGACCGAAAGCUCUGAAAACCCUUAAACAAUGUGAUUCCGCUUCGUUCCCCUAUUUAUAGGGAACAACCGCUGGAUAAGAAAAGAAAACUUUGUUACUUCGUUUUUCAUCACUUGAUCUCCAAUAUGUUUGUUGAUGUGAGAAAUACUUUUGUUGUUUGUGUAGGCAUGAGCGCUUGGAAAUCUAUUUUUUCAAUCAAGUUCUCUCAUGGUUAAAGUAAGAAAUAUUACAGGCAUUACCUUUAGACUAGAUAUUACAUAACCUUUUCAUAAUCAUUUUGCUUGGAAGCAUUCACGAACUUUCAAAGAUGCUGAGGAUUAAA